AUGCAAGUGUCUGCUGUAACGACGCAGUUACGAUCCGUACGGUUGUCGGCGACCGCGUCGGAACAGGAUUCCAACCCUAAACCGUCGACCAACCAUGUCGACACCAUGGAGAACACAGCUCCCGUCGCUCCCCGGCCAGCAACGCCAACGGAGCCGGAAGUUGUUGAUCCAUUUUGCAAUGCGGACACACCUCAAAUAAUCAGCUUUCAGGAUGUGACGUCGGCUGCGUUUAAAAUACGAAAAGGCGUCGAGUUGACUCCCUGUGUGAAAUCCCACUUCUCCGAUCUGAUUGACAUGGAUAUCUACCUGAAGAAGGAGUUUUUACAGUUCACCGGCAGCUUCAAGGAGCGUGGCGCUCGCUAUGCCCUACUCAUGCUGUCGGAGGAGCAGAAAAAAACGGGUGUAAUCUCUGCCUCACUAGGGAAUCACGCUCAGGGUCUAUCGUACCACGGCUGGAAGCUGGGCAUUCCGGUGACGGUCGUCAUGCCGCUGAAGGCUUCGCUGAUGAAAAUCCAGAAAUGCCGUAACUAUCAUGCUAAUGUCGUUGUGCAGGGAAAAGAUAUGGGCGAAGCGAAACGGAUCGCACUGAAGAUGGGUCACGACCGGGGUCUCACAUACAUCAACGGGUACGACCAUCCGCACAUUAUGGCCGGUCAAGGUACGAUCGGGCUGGAAAUCGUUGAGCAGGUGAGCGACAUCGAUGCCGUGGUGGUCCCGGUCGGAGGUGGUGGUCUCAUUGCCGGUGUCGCAACUGCGAUAAAAAAUCUCAGUCCGAGUACCAAAAUCAUCGGCGUCGAGUCAGAGAAGUGUCCUAGCUUUACGCGGGCUCUCGAAAACCGUGGACCAAUCUUCGUGCCAAACCGGGAAACGCUGGCUGACGGAUUGGCGGUGCCGCAGGUCGGCUACAAUGCGUAUGCCACCACCGUACCGUUGCUCGACAAAAUGGUGGUCGUUAAGGAGGAAUGGAUUGCAUUGGCCAUUUUGCGACUUGUUGAGCUGGAAAAGUGCGUCGUGGAAGGUGCUGGUGCUACCGGGUUGGCGGCCAUCAUGGCCGGUCAUCUGAACGAGUUCAUGGGAAAAAGGGUGGUGCUGCUAAUUUGUGGAGGCAACAUCGAUACUACGAUGUUCGGCAAGUGUCUCGAGCGUGGAAUGGCGGCCGAAGGACGCUUGCAGAGAUUCACCGUGACGGUGAGCGACGGUCCGGGCGGCGUAGCCAAACUGUGCAACCUGCUGGCCGACCUGGGCGUGUCCAUCAAAGAUAUAAUGCAUGAACGUGCCUUCAUUCGUGAUAUUCACCACGUCGAGGUGAAGGUCAUUUGCGAAACGCGUGAUUGGGAGCAUUCACAAGAGAUGCGCAAAUCGUUGCAGACAGCUUACGACAAAGUUCAUUUUUACGACAUGCCGAUGGCAAUAUCGGAAUAGUCGCCCAGGUCUACCAGUAACUCCGACGCACUACCGCUGGUACGGAAAAAUGUAUAUAUCGAUUGAAUCCCGACAAAACCUGAGCUUGGUAGAUGGAGCUGAAGAGUGAACCUUGAUUCUACAGCGGGCUUCUGUCCGAGUCUAAAUAAAACGUGCUGCUAUUCACGGAUGACUGUGAAGUGAUGGUAGCGUGAAGCAAUAUUUCAAUGAGUGUUUUGGUAUUAUUGAACCUCCCUCGAAAGCCACCGCCACUUUAUUUAUGGUAAUGUAACCGUGCCAUCGCGGAUAGUUGACAGAACAGCAGCAAAGAGCACAUAUAAUUUCAUUUGAAUUGCUGCGA